AUGGAUGCACGUGUAUCUUCAAUUUCAUUAAAGUAUUAUGCAUUUUGUUUAAAGAACAACCAUUACAUGGUGAGACUUCACUUUGCUGAAAUAGGCUUGGAUACAACUAAAAAUCCUAGGAUCAAGAGAAGUAGAGUUUUUGACGUAGAAAUCCAGGGCAAGAAAAAACGGAAAGAUUUCAAUAUCGAAGAUGUUGCAGCGGGUGUGAAUUUGAGCGUAACCCUGGAAUAUAAUGACGUUCUUGUUCAUGUCAACCGAUUGGAGAUUCACUUGUAUUGGUCCGGAAAAGGUUCACCUAUCCAUGGUCCCCUAAUAUCAGCAAUUUCCAUAUCUCCCGUUCCUAAAUGGCAUCUGAAACUUUCUUCUGCAAUCAUCGUUGGAAUUGUGGUAUCUUCUUCAAUACUUGCUGUUAUAUUAAUCUUAGCUCUCCUCUGGAAGUUCGGCUGGCUUGGUAGAAAAAAUAAUAAGAAUAUCGAACAAAAAGGUAUCGAGCUAUUCCCUGGAGGGGUUUUGAACUUCCAACAAAUAAAAGCAGCUACUAAUAGUUUUGAUCCUAAGAACAAGAUAGGCCAAGGAGGUUUCGGGGAUGUCUACAAGGGUGUGCUACGAAAUGGGACUACAGUAGCUGUAAAAAAGCUUUCAGCAAAGUCCAAACAAGGAGCCAAGGAAUUUAUAAAUGAAAUUGGUACUAGUUAUGCUUUGCAACACCCAAAUCUCGUAAGGCUAUUGGGAUGUUGUGCUGAACAAAGCGAACUUCUAAUUGUCUAUGAGUACAUGGAAAAUAAUUCUCUUGAGCAGGCAUUAUUUGGUUCGGCAGAAGUCAAAUCCAGACUAAAUUGGCUGAUAAGAGUUAAAAUUUGCCGUGAUGUUGCGAAGGGGUUGGCUUAUAUUCAUGAAGAAUCUAGACUUCGAAUUGUUCACAGAGACAUAAAACCGACAAACAUACUUCUUGACAAGGAUUUUAUCGCCAAGAUAACAGAUUUUGGAUUUGCCAAGCAUAGCAAAGAGGAGAAUCCUCAUGCGAUCACACGCAUAGCAGGAACAAAGGGGUACAUGUCACCAGAGUGUUUGCAAGGCUUCUUGUCAACAAAAGCAGAUGUCUACAGCUUUGGCCUUGUCACACUAGAGAUUGUUAGCGGGAAGCAAAUUUCAACUUUUAGGGCAAAGGAUCAGAAUAUUUACCUUUUGGAUAUAGCUUAUAAUUACCAACGCCAAGGAAAUCUUAUAGCUCUUGUUGAUCCAAGCCUAGGAUCUGAUUACACCCACAAGGAAGCAUUAAAAUUGUUGGAUUUAGCAAUGGAGUGCGUGAACCCAACUGCCAAGCUUAGGCCUUCAAUGUCUGAAGUUGUGAAAGUUCUUGAAGGAAUUGUAAAAGUUGCAGAAGCAAACCGGAAAACAAAGACUUCCUCUACUGGAAACACUUCUUUGGGGGAUGAUUCUUCAAUGGCCAACCCCCAUUUUGCUUUCUCUCAUUCUACUCAAUCAGCUGGGAGUACAUCCCAAGAAGGUGCUUCAGAUACAAUCAUUUGUCCUUCAGCAAGCAAAGAAAUUGAUUCCUCCAGCAACUCAGAUGAUUAA